UAAAUUAUAAUUUAUAAACCGAACUCUGGUAGAGAGUGUGCACUGCACGAGUUCGUCUAAGUUGCAAAAAUGUUUAAACAUCUAAUUAUAGUCUUUGCAAUCUCCAUAAACAAUAUUUAUACAGAAAACUUAAUUGGAAGCCCAUGCACCCUUCAGUCGUCUAACUCUCCAGGAGAAUGCAAACUCUUAACCGAAUGUAAGGAAAUUCAAGACGAAGCAGUACUUGGUUACAAAACACCUCAAAGUUGUGGCUUCGAAGGGACACAAACCGUAGUUUGCUGCCCGAAAUCUCGUCGACCAGGAGAUAUCAGCGAAAAAAAAUGUAGCGAAUAUGCUUCGUAUACAAAGGAGAAACAAUUAUGUGGACACAAUAUUGUGAAGCGCAUCGUUGGGGGAAAACCGGCUGGUAGAACAGAAUUUCCCCACAUGGCGAUAUUUGGAUAUGAGAAGAGAGGUUCUGAGAAUAUUCAGUGGUUAUGUGGAGGAUCACUUAUCAGUGAACAAUAUAUUUUGACAGCAGCACUUUGCUUGUCUUCACGCUUAGUUGGUGAACCGAAAUUAGUGUUGUUAGGAGUCACCAAUCUUAACGACACCAAUCACAGACGGGAAAUAAAAAUAAUAAAUAACGUGGUACAUCCAGAAUACAGAAAUAUCACCUACUACCACGACAUAGCGCUAGUAAAAUUGGAGAAACCAGUCGAAAUAAAUUCGUAUGUGCGUCCGGCGUGUCUUAACACAAAUUUUGACUUUUCUGUCUCACAAGCUAUUGCUACUGGAUGGGGUUUUACACAGCCUUCAGGGAAGAGAAGUGAAGAUUUACAGAAAGUAACCUUAGAUAUCACGGACCAUCAACUGUGUAACAACACUUACAACAAGGUGUUAUGUCAAGGAAUUAUAAAUGAUGUACAUAUUUGCACAGGAAGCGAUAAUGAAAAGAAGGGUACUUGUCGGGGUGAUGUUGGUGGUCCGCUGCAAAUACAUCACAAAAACGACCCUACACUGUGCAUGUAUGACGUAGUGGGGGUAAUUUCGUCUGGAAUAAUAUGUUCUCAAGGUCCUUCUGUAAAUACACGAGUCUCCCAUUAUAUUAAGUGGAUUGAAGACAUAGUAUGGCCAGAAAAGACUCAGUAAAAUUAUUACUACUACACUAAUUUGACAACAAUGAACAAUAAAUAAUAGUCUGAUACGGUGGUUAACUUCUGAUAAAAUGAGAAAUAGUUAUUGUCUAUUGACGUACUCUAUACACCCGGAACAAAAAUUGUUCUUUCCCUCCUAGCAAAAACUUAUUACUACCAGGUAGGAUUAUACAAACUGCUGGAUUUAACUUAAAGUCUAGGAUUAAAAUUUGACCAAACCAUUUAUUUUUGGCGAAUCAAGUUUUUGAUUCCCGAUGAAGUUAAAUUUAAAUGCUGAUUGUUUAAUCAAUAGAACUGAGAUUUUCUACGUACAUAUUUUGUAGUACCAUAGACUUAUUAUUUGACUUACAGGCUUAAUAAGAUUUCCAGUAGGGGUACAAAUUAACUAAAUCUACAUAAUACAAAUAAAUCUAUAAAAUAAAUAAAAUAAAUUCGAGUUUUAUGUAA